GGUGGGACGGCGCCCAGCCUCGGGUGCUGGCGCGUGGGGGCCGGGCCCGCGCGGUGCCUUCCGCCCUUCUGCAGCUAUCUGCAUAUUUUUUUCUUUCUUUUUCGCAAUUUUGAAUAUUUUGCAGGACGAGGGGUUCAAGGCAGGUGAGAGCAUCCUGCACGUCGCCCAGGAGCCUGCGGGCACUUGGCGCGCUCUCCGGGGACCGUCUGCACUGGGAACCCGAAAGUUUUUUGUUUUUAUUUUCUUAUGCAGAUGUAUUUAUAAAGAUAUAAGUAAUUUUUUUCUUGUCUCCAUCGCCUUGAAAGCGAGUACUUUUGGCAAAGGACGGAGGAAAAAGCUCAGCAACAUUUUGGGGGGCGGUUGGGUUUUUUUCUUUUUAAAGAAAAACAUUUGAGUGCAUCGCGAUGGAGAAAAUGUCCCGACCGCUCCCCCUGAAUCCCACCUUUAUUCCGCCUCCCUACGGCGUGCUCAGGUCCUUGUUGGAGAACCCGCUGAAGCUCCCCCUUCAUCACGAAGACGCAUUUAGUAAAGAUAAAGACAAGGAAAAGAAGCUGGAUGAUGAGAGUAAUAGCCCGACGGUCCCCCAGUCGGCGUUCUUGGGACCCACCUUAUGGGACAAAACCCUUCCCUAUGACGGAGAUACUUUCCAGUUGGAAUACAUGGACCUGGAGGAGUUUUUGUCAGAAAAUGGCAUUCCCCCCAGCCCGUCUCAGCAUGACCACAGCCCUCACCCUCCUGGGCUGCAGCCGGCUUCCUCUGCCACCCCCUCCGUCAUGGACCUCAGCAGUCGGGCUUCUGCACCCCUUCACCCUGGCAUCCCGUCCCCAAACUGUAUGCAGAGCCCCAUCAGACCAGGUCAGCUGUUGCCAGCAAACCGCAAUACACCGAGUCCCAUUGAUCCUGACACCAUCCAGGUCCCUGUGGGUUAUGAGCCAGACCCGGCAGAUCUUGCCCUCUCCAGCAUCCCUGGCCAGGAAAUGUUUGACCCUCGCAAACGCAAGUUCUCUGAGGAAGAACUGAAGCCACAGCCCAUGAUUAAGAAAGCGCGUAAAGUCUUCAUCCCUGAUGAUCUGAAGCAGGAUGACAAGUACUGGGCCCGGCGCAGGAAGAACAACAUGGCAGCCAAGCGUUCCCGCGACGCCAGGCGGCUGAAGGAGAACCAGAUCGCAAUCCGGGCGUCCUUCCUGGAGAAGGAGAACUCGGCCCUGCGCCAGGAAGUGGCUGACUUGCGGAAGGAGCUGGGCAAAUGCAAGAACAUACUUGCCAAGUACGAGGCCAGGCACGGGCCCCUGUAGGAUGGCAGCCUUGCGGGCUGGCUUUCCAAUAGAUGGACAGUGUGUUUCCCGCCUGAUAGCACCACACCCGAACCAACCUUUCUGACAUCAGCACUUUACCAGAGGCGUAAACACAACUGACUCACGUUCUGGUGUGCAGUGUGCGCACGUGCGCGCUUCUGCUCCCGUGUGGUCCGCGGUGCGCGCGCGUGCCUUUGCACUUGCCAUGUUAAGGUAGCCCUCUCCUCAUCUUUCAGUUCCGAAAAAGAAAGGUGCCGUGUUUUUACUGGACUGCGGAGACGCCUCCUGGGGUCUCCUGUCCCUCCCUCCAACCCCCCUCCUGCCCCUUCCCGCGUCGCUCUCUGGUGGCUCCUGCCUGCUCUUCCAGGACCCUCUGCUGGGCUCCACCAAGCAGGGCCCUGGUGAAAUAGUAGAUCUCAGUUGUCAAGACUACGAGCUCUUGUUUCUGUUUAAUCUGUAAGUUACCAUGCUAAUAAGGUGCGCAAAAAUCACUUAGCACUACACUGCAGCUCUCUCUCUCUCUCUCCAGUUAUAGGUUGCUUUCCUCAUAUUUUCAGUUUUGGUGAUAAUUGUCUUCAAAUUUCAAGUGCUGUUUAGAUUUAUUAGAUCCCAUAUUUACUUACUGCUAUCUACUAAGUUUCCUUUUAAUUCUAUCAACCCCAGGUAAGUAAGAGUACUAUUCUAGAACACAGAGUGUGUUUUUGCACCGUCUGUACCUAAAGCAAUAAUCCUAUUGUACGCUAGAGCAUGCUGCCUGAGUAUUACUAGUGGACAUAGGAUAUGUUCCCUACCUAAGAAUUUCACUGUCUUUUAAAAAACAAAAAUUACAGUAAUGCAUUUGAGCAUGCCCAGAAUAUCCCCAGGACAGGGAAGCAGAGGGAAAUGCCAGGUCUAAGAACGAGGGAUUAAUUUAUCAGCAUAGGAGCCAAAAAAAAAAAAAAAAAAAAAAAAAAAAAAAUUGCAUCUUGGAACAGCUUUUGACAUUGAUAUGUUUGCUUUUGUUUUCUCCGCUCCCCACCCCCACUUUUCUAGUUCCCUUUUUCCAUAUCCCUCUUGAUAUUCAAAACAAUUACUUAAGAUUCAGUUUUCCCCGUUUUUGGGUAAUAUAUAUAUUUUUGUGAAUUAUACCUUGCUGUUUUUAAAAAUCAGUUAAUUAAGUUAAUAAGUUGAUGUUUUGUAAGACCCUUUUUCCUAGUGGUGUCAUUUUCGAAUGCUUCAUAAAUUAAUGAUUCUGGAGCUUAUGUUUCUUAUUUCGUUUGCUUUUUUGAAAGUAUGUGCUCUUAUAAAGAGGACUUUUGAAAAAUGAAUGUAAAAGACACUGGUGUAUCUCAGAAGAGGAUGGUGUUGUCGUAAACUGUGGUUAAUCCAAUCAAUUUAAAUGUUUACUAUAGACCAAAAGGAGAGAUUAUUAAAUUGUUUAAUGUUUAUACAGAGUAAUUAUAGGAAGUUCUUUUUUGUACAGUAUUUUUCAGAUAUAAAUACUGACAAUGUAUUUUGGAAGACAUAUAUUAUAUAUAGCAAAGAAGAGGAAAACUAUUCCAUGUUUUAAAACUAUAUAGCAAAGAUAUAUAUUCAUCAGUGUUGUACAGAGAAGUGCUUGGGGGUUUUUGAAGUCUUUAAUAUUUUAAGCCUAUCACUGAUACAUCAGCAUGUUUUUUGCUUUAAAUUAAAAUUUUAUGACAGUAUCGAAGCUUGGUGUGACGAAUCCCGCUCUAAAAUAUAUAAAGAGCUUUCCUGUUCCCUAUUAGGUCUCAGAAAGAAGUCAGUUAACGUCACCCAGAAGCACAAAGUGGAUGUUAGUCAAAUAUUUAUUGGCUGAUACAGUGUUUUUUAGGAAAAGCAUCUGCCAUGAAAACGUUCACUUCAAAGUUACGAGUUUCUGGAAUGAAAUAUCACUGCAAGCACCCCAAACAAUUCUGUUCCCCUCUGUGGGCACGUGUGUCUUAUGCAGUAUAAGGUUGAUACCGGUGUUACAUGUACGGUUUAUAAUUUGGUAGAUGUUUUGACCUUAAAGGUGAUUGUUCUUUUGUUUCACCAAGUUGUGUAACGUCAAGAGAUUCCGCUGUUAUUGCAAAGAUACGUUUUGUGCUAGAUUAAAACACCCUUUCAUCAAUGGGAUUUUCUAGUCUCCUGCCUCCAGAGUAUCUAAUCCUUGAAUGACCUGGUGGUCCCCUUGUCCAUCCACCAGCAGUGCUUCUGUCGAGUGUCAUAGUUUCCGUAAAUCUGACUAGAAGGCUAUUUCUACUAGAUAUUCAUUUUGUCCCGAGCUACAGAUUAUGGUGGGAAAUGCGAGAGCAUUAGAAUCGAAAUGCAUUGUUCAGGUAUGCAACUAAGAAAAGAAGACCUUUGGCCAAAUUAAGCAGAACCGAAUAAGCAAUAUUCAGGAAGAGAUGCAGGUGGACGCAGUGUUAGCUUUUUUAUAGGUAGAGAGACCAGUGGCAGCAGAAGUAUUCAGUGGCAGGAGUUACCGAAACAGAAACAAGCAAUGUCUGUAAGUGGAGAAGUGUUGCACCAUUGGCCAUCCAGGUUCACCACAGGAUGAGAUGGUAGCUGAAAAAACCGUAUUUAUUUGAGCUCUGGUCUUGGAAUGAGGUUGUCUGUAUCAAAUGAGGGUCACACAUUUUCUCUGUGGAAGAAAUAAAAAGAUCAUAAUAAAAUUUACUCUUGGGUGUGCUAGGAGAGGUUUCAGAAACCUACCUCGUCUUAAAAUUUAAAAACUUUUGGAGUCUGUACACGUGCCUUAUAUGUAGGUCAUUGUCCCCACACACACAUGAACACUCAUUCCUGGACUUGCUUUCUGUCGAGGGCGGUUAACUAGUAAACAAGGCAGUUCUGCUCGAUGGCGUAGGAAGCCGUGGCCUGAUUUGGAAGGACUCAGAUCAAGCAGGGUCAGAUGAGUUCUGCAGACCACAGCUAUUAAAAGAGUCCUGUUGUCAUUUUCCACCUUUUCAUCAGAAGCAUCUUUCAGAGAUUAAUUACUUGGCCAUUAAAAAUGAAUCCAAAUCCUAUCAUGCCAACAUCAUUUAGACACAAUUUGGAAUGAGCGGCCUGCUUUCCUGACAGGGUCAUGGUGUCAUUUCUGUGGACUUAGACUUGCAGAGAAGGGCAAAACCUGAUGAGCGUGUCCUGCCUCAUGCAAUUUGAGGCUGCAGGUAGGGAAUAGGAGAGCUGGAAGAGAUCAUGUCCUCCUUUUGAGAAAGGGGCCGCCUUCUGACCAUUCAAAACACUCAGUGGGCAAGACUGUGCCAGGCCUUUCAUCUUCCAGUACGACAGGCCUGGGGGAAGUCAUCCCUCGAAGCAGAAGGACCGUUUGUUCCAGGAGCGUGCAGAUGGGAUGUGGCUUCGGGUGGGUAGGAUGCUGUGCUAGAGAACCCAGGGGUUCCUUCCAACUCGCUGGUUUUGUGAGGGAACACACAAUAAUUCUAAAUGUGCAUUUAGAAGGUCUUGAGCCUAAAAGAAUUUUAAGUGCAGCCCCCUCUUCUCCAGCCACCCCUGAGGAAAACAACAUGCAGAGGUAUACUUGCUUUUUUUCCGGUAGUUUAUCUAAUUUCCCCCUGGUGUUCCUUUUAAGAAAAUUCAGACUUUGUCAGAGUUCAUCAGAGCUGUCCCAAGCCAGGCUGGCUUGGCCUGUUUGCCUGUGUGGAGCGCGGACGCUGGGAUUUAACCCGGGGUCGGCAAGCUGCAGGUGAUGGGGGACAGUGUGCUAAACAGCUUCUGCUCUCAGGAUGCAGCUCCCUGCUGAGGGCUCCUGGGCCCCACUGGGGAGGCCAAGGUCUCCUCCUGGUUUUCUCUACAAUUAAUAAUGUCAUUUUAAAAAUGAGCAAAGCCUUAUCCUAGAUCUCAAUUGGAUUAGACUUGACAAUUAAGUCAGUACAUUGUGCAGAGGGCCAAGUGUAUGUAGAGGAGUGUGAGUGUGUGUGUGUGUGUGUGUGUGUGUGUGUGUGUGCGCGCGCGCACACGUGUGUGGAUAUUUAAGUCAAAUCAUAACAUCUUUAAUUUUGGAGAACCUUCCCGAACAUAACCACCAUAACCAUUAUCCUUUUGGCAACACCACAAAGGUUGCAUCUGUUAAACAGGUACAAGUUCACAUAAGGUCAGUUUAAUUGUACAUCGUGAUAUGGGUGGUGUUUAUGCUGUUAAGUCCGAACCCUUAUCUGUCUGUUAUUCUCAAUGCUUAAUAAACUUUGAAUUUGUUCCCUU